AUGCCAGAGCCUGAGCCCGAAGCAGCUCUGCGGGCUACAGCCAACCUCUCUCCUGUCUCUCCCUCGCCUGUCCACACGGCCGCGCCUCUUGUGGUGCCAGCACUCCAGCACACGGUCGAUACCAUCGACGCCAUGGUUGCUGCUGCUGCCUCGCUUCCUAAUGGGACGGCCGACGCCCCCGUCGUCGACCCUUCCCUCGCGCCUUCUGGUGAAACCGACGAUGUCGUAGAUGAUGACAGCUUCAGCGAUGCCUACGGCGAGGAGACGGAAGACGUGGUCGUAGAGCCUCCGCGGCAGGAGCUCGUCGACAACAACGACGACUACGCCAAGACGUUUGAUUCUCCUAUCGGUCCCGAGGAAGGGGAAGACCAAGAUGUAUCAUCAGAACCACGAGAAUCCAACGAGAAUUCAUCAUCAUUUUUAUCCGAUCCUUUGACUAGUCGCCCAUCAGACGUCUCUCAUAUCGCUGCUGAUUCAUCCGCGUCUGCCCCAGCUGCUGCUCAGAAUCCAUCUCUCUCUACCGCCCAGCCCGAUGCUGGUCCUAAGCCCGCCGUGCUGCAAGUUAGCGAUGCGCACGCCUCUUCCAUCCCGUUUGUGGCUCAACCCACGCCCUCCGGAACUGGCCCUGCCCGGCAAGACUCCGAGAACUCUUCAUCUCUUGACAUCCAACAGCUCGUGGCUGACCUCACUGCCCAUCCCGCUGAAUCUAGCUCCGGGAACCCUGACCCAACGGCUGAUGUCCCGGUGGCCUCUAACCCCUUUCCUUCAACUGCUACCUCAACCGCCACCACUAUUCCUACUGCUUUGCCAUCAUCUUCCUCUCUCCCACCGCGCCCUCCAUUGCCGCAGGUCGCCCCCCAAUCGUAUGCUUCUCAGCACCAUCCUCCCGGAACCAAUCCCAAUGUCCCAGGAGGCGUUGGGGUGUCGCCCACGCCGGGACAGCCCUCCACUUUUGCAAUUGCUGCCAUGAAUCCUUCGGCUGCUGCAGCAUCCAUAAACCCUGCUCCAUAUCCUUCCAACCCAUCCGGAUAUCCUGCUGAUCGAGCCCAAGAUGCCGACUAUCAGCGCCAGUGGGACCAGUUCAUGGCCGAUGAGCGACAAUACAUGUCGGAGGCCAAAUGGGAUCGUUUCCCUGAGGGGUCGCGUAUUUUCAUCGGAAAUCUUUCCAGCGACAAGAUUUCUCUCAAGUCAGCUUAUGGAUUCGUACAAUAUCACACCGUCGAGGAAGGACGUAGUGCUCUAGAAAACCUCCAGGGCAUGGAAGUGAAGGGGCGCCGCAUCCAUUUGGAAAUCUCUCGGCUCCAAGAUAAAUCUAAAAAAGAGAGGAACCGUAGUCCUGAGCGGGCCCGCGGACGUGAUGGUGGCCGUAGAGGAGAAAAGUAUCGUGAUGAUAAUCGAUCAACGCGCAAUCAGUCGCCUCGUCGUAAUGAGUACUAUGGCAGAACCGAUAGAGCCGACCGGACUGAUAGGGCCGAGAGCUACGGCCGGGACCGAGGAUACUAUGACUCGGGCAGAGGUCGUGGCCGCUCCCGAUCUCCCAGCGGAUAUGCCAGGAAUGAAAAAGAUUCCUACCGCAGGAGGACACCCAGCCCCUACAACAGAUCGCGGCAUGAGGCAGAGCUCGACCUGCCGCGUCGAUAUGGUGCAGACGUUCCGGAUGUCCAAAUCAUUAUGCAGCCAGACGUCAAUCGAGACUUUGGCACCUGGGUCGAGGGUGCCUUCAAGGCGAAAGGUCUGAGAACCAAUGUCAUGUAUCUCCACCCGCGGUUUCCGAAGGACCAAGUCAUCCAAAGACAAGCGGCCGAGGGCGUGCACGGGGUUGUAGACCUGGACCUCCGCGCUCAAGGUGUGGCUAGAAUUCCCGUCCACUCAUUCGACCGGUCCGGCGGCAUCCACAAUGUCCGUUUCGAGCAAUAUGUCGACCUGGAGCCAAGCACAGCGGCAGAAGUCAUCCUGCGAGCCAAAGCUUCUGGCGCGGCAAACUAUGGCCAACCCUACGGAGGCGCCAGUGGAUAUCCCACGCAGUAUGGCGCACAAGCCCCGCAACCUCCUCACGUAGCUGCGUACCCUGGUAUGCAGCAGCCCGGCUCGUAUCCACCACAACCUGCACCAUCUGCUGCCGACCUCGCGAGUCUCAUCGGCCAAGUGGACAACAAUACGCUACAACGGCUCUUGUCCACCAUUCAGGCAGGGUCUGCGGGAGUGGUGCCUGGCGGACUCGCACAUGGCGGCGCGAAGCCGGCUGCACCAGCCGCUAAUGCGCCUGUUGAUAUCCAAGCAAUCCUGGGGUCUCUGAAUGGAGGAGCGGCACCGCAGCAACACCAUCCUCAGAUGCAAUACGGCGCGCCAUACGGUGGCCAGCCGUCCGUCGGAGUUGCGCAACAAGCGGCAGGCACCGGCGACGCGGCGGCUCAGGUGCAGAAUAUCAUGGCCCAGCUGGCUCGUUAUCGGCAGUGA